AACUACCUUAUUGACAAUUCAUCAGAUAAAAGUGACAACAACAACAACAAAUACAAGGAAGUCCUGCUCAUUGGUCCCAACAGGCAGAGUCCAGGGUAUAAAAAGCCCAGAUGGGAAGAGACCUUCACAUCCUGAGAAACUCACCUGUGACCAGGACCUGCCCUCCACACCUGACACCAUGACCCUCUGCUGCUGCUCCCCCUGCUGCCAGCCCACCUGCUGCACGACCACCUGCUGCAAGACCACCUGCUGGAAACCAGCCUGCAGCUCCCCCUGCUGCCAGCCCAGCUGCUCUGACCCAUGCUGCUGCCAGCCCUGCUGCUGCCCACCUUGCUGUAAAAUCACCUGUGACUCCCCCUGCUGCCAGCCCAGCUGCUGUGACCCAGGCUGCUGCCAGCCCUGCUGCCCACCUUGCUGCAAAACCACCUGCUGCAGGACCUGCUUCAAGAAAACCUGUGAGACCAGCUGCUGCAGCUCCCCAUGCUGCCCACCCAGCUGCUGUGUGUCCAGCUGCUGCCAGCCCAGCUGCUGUGAGUCCAGUGGCUCUGACCAAACCGGCUGUGGGUCUAACUGCUGCUCACCCUGCUGGAAGCCCAGCUCCUGCAGAACCACCUGCAGUAAGACCACCUGCUGGAAGCCCAGCUGUGUGACCAGCUGCUGCAGCUCCCCUUGCUGCCCGCCCAGCUGCUAUGGGCCCAGCUGCUGUCUGCCUUCUUGCUGCUGA